AGUUUCAGUUUUUCUUAUACUCUCUUCACACCCAACACCCUUUUCAAUUCAUGAAACUACUUCAACUUUUGACCCAUCACUCAAGCUUCUGAUAAGAGCACUAGAUACAAUAAGUUUGAGGAUAUGGGAUGCUUUUUGUCAACGUCCAAGGAUACGGUUGGAAAUAGAAGGAGACCAGGAAAUAUUGGAGAUGUUUCUGUUUAUGUACCUGGUUUACGAAUUCCUAUACCUGUUGAUUUCUCUCAAUCACUUGGUGAUAACUUGUCGAAGAAUUUGGUGGAGCGUUUAUCUGCUCUAAGAACACGUAUAGUUGUCAUGGCAGCCCAAGAAGGACCAACAGUUUCAAGAACAAGAAGAAAAAGUGCUACACAACAUGGAGGUUCAACAUUGGCUGAUCUUCAUCAGGCUCUCGAAGAUUACUUGCCUGUACUUAUGGGAUUAGUAAAAGAUGGAAACCAUCUACAACACAAAGUACAGUUUGUUUGGAUAAACCAGGAGGAUGAAGCAGAGGAAACAGCCAUUUCUAAUACUUGGUAUGAAGUGUUGUCAGUCUUGCACUUGAUGGCAACGUUAUCAUUAUCACAGGCCAACUUAUUGCUUCUUCCAAGAACAUCUGCUGAUGGUUAUCAGCCAAAAGUAUCUGAAGAAAGCAGGCGAGCUUCAAUUGACAUUUUCUUGAAGGCAGCAGGAUACCUAGAUUGCGCUGUCCGACAUGUUCUGCCACAGUUAUCUUCUGAACUCAGGAGGGACUUACCAGUAGACCUUGCAGAAGGAGUUCUCCGAGCACUUUGCCUGCAAGCAUUAGGGCAGUGUAAUGAUAUCCAACUUGGAAUGGCCAUUGAUAGUACAAAAGCCACUUUGGCUGUUAAGCGAAGACUUGCAUGUGAGAUGGUAAAGUACUGGCAGCAGGCUCAAGACAACAUCAUGAAUCUUCCAUUAACAAAUGGCUGGGGGGAAAAACAUCGGCUCUUUAUAAAGUGGAAAUAUGUUGAAGCAAAGGCUGCAGCAUAUUACUAUCAUGGUUUGAUCCUUGAUGAGGGGAACACGGAGAAAUUUCAUGGUAUGGCUGUAGCUGCUUUGCAAGCUGCAGAUGAGUAUUUCAAAGAGAGUAAAAAGGCUGGUGAAGCAUUUAAUGCAGCUCCUCCUUUGUCGAGAAAUCCGCCGCUUUGGGGAACCAUGAAGUAUCUCUCUGAGAAAAUUCCAAAAGAUACUUCAAGCAAGGUUCGGAUAAACCGUGAUCUAUACUCCCAUGAAAAAAUCAUGGAGACGGCACCAACCUUACCUGAUUUUGCUCUGGCCCUGAAACCUGAUGAAUUUCAACUUCCUCCAGUGGACCCCUCUUGGAACAUGGAGAACAUGAAUAGGGUGCAAACCACCUCCAACCAACUCAAGGGUGACCGAAGAUAGGCCGUAUAUGAUAUAAAUUUCAACUUACAGAUAUACAUGGGCCAAUCUCAAGCACAGAUUGGCCAGUCAACCAGGUGGACAAUUCUUCUAUUGUUGUGUGCAUCAAAGGUUCAAUUUAUUCAGCUGUCUUUUUCCGACUUUUUUCUUUUGUAUCUUCCUUUUCCAUUUUCUUCUUUAUUACCAUGAUAUUCAUAACUCAUCCUGUGAUAGAUCCUUGCACAAGUUCCCCAUUGUGUGUAAAUUGUUUGUUUCCAGCGAAGGGAUGGUUUUCUUUGCCGAAACUGUAAAGCUAUGUAUGCUCUCUCUUCACUUAAAUGAGCCAUGAAAAUGUCCAUUUGUUUGGUAA